AUGAGCUGGACUCAGACAAUCAGAGGCUCCUCACCCCCUCUUCUGUCCUUAGAAUAUAAGGAAGUAAGGGCCACAGACCAAACGACAGGUCUAAUGGCGACCCAGGACAAACCACACAGAACCUGUCUGGAGUCCAACAGAGCCCCAGAUGUAGUUCAGGAACCAAGAGGUCUUUCAAGAUCAAACACAGCCCUAAAAAGAAUUUAA